UCAAGUCCGAGCUUACUAUUCGGCCUUAAGAUUGAAGUGAGCCCAGUUCUUAGCGAGGUCGCUAAUGUUUUUGGUGUCUUCGCUACGACAGUUGGCAUUGACUCUCGCCUGACCUGCAGGCUGCAACUUGAGGCAAAGUGCCGUACUGCCUCAGUGCGUGUUAUCAUGCACGAUGCAGAUAAUUGCAGUCGGUCGAUUUAUGGGUCAAGCUCAGCUUCCGUGCUUGGUCGUAACAGUACACUAAAUGAGAUGAUUUGCGCGGGCGAUUUCUUCGUGCGCAUAACUGAUAGCCAGAGCAGACAUGGAGUGGAUACGAAGAAGCACCAGUGGAGCAAGAUGGCUCCGAAGAAGGAAGCAGAUCGAAUGAUGCCUGUAAGUAUUCAGUCAAUCUUCUAUUCUGGUUGGAGGCAUGGAAAAUUCACGUGGUGCAUACGGUGGCUCACGUUCUCGAUGUUAGGUUUCAAAGACUCUUAG